CUUUCGAGGAGUUGUGUUUAUCAGUACGUGCUGCAGAACGGUUGUUGUAUGAGUCAAAAAAUAGAAAAGCCAGUGCUAUCAGGUCAACGCAUAAAGACCCGAAAAAGAGUGUUACUGGGUCUGGAGAAGGCCGACAACGACUUAGACGCAGUAUCGAAGUACCUCGACACCGCAGGCUCUAAACUGGACUACCGCCGGUAUGGCGAGGCUCUGUUCGACAUCUUGAUCGCCGGCGGGCUCCUCGUACCCGGGGGAUCCGUCGCCCAGGAUGGAGACAAGCUCUGCAAGACAAAGGCCUGCGUGUUCGAGCAGCCGAUGGACAUGGAGUCGCUCAAGAACUUCGAGCAGGUGUUUAUAAAGCUGAUGCGCCGGUACAAGUACCUGGAGAAGAUGUUCGAGGAGGAGAUGAAGAAGGUACUCGUUUUUAUAAAAGGGUUCACGACCCAUGAGCGCAUCAAGCUCGCCAGGAUGACGGCCCUCUGGAUCUCGAACGGCGCCGUGCCCCCUACGGUUCUCGGCGUGCUUAUCAACGAACAUCUCGUCAAGGACAACCUGGCUCUCGACUUUCUUCUUGAGGUCUUCGUCACCUGGAAGAACGAAAAGGGCCUGCCGAGUCUUAUGACCGCUCUGAAGCGUGGUGGCAUCGAGGGACGGCUCAUGGAGUUCGUACCCCCGAACAAGCGCACCGAGGAGUACUUCCGCUCCGUCUUCGAGUCUGUUGGGCUGACUGACAUCGUUAAGCUCCACAAAAACCAGGCCAGUCAGGAGGCCAAGCGCGAUCUCCAGCAGCUCCUUGUUGAGGACCUCGCUGACAAUCGCGCCAUUAAGGACAUUGUGCUUGAUGUCAAGGAAAUGGCUUUGAAGUGUGCUAUUCCUGAGCAUGAAGUCAUUGGAUUGGUAUGA